AUGCUGGCAUCUACUGCCUUCAAAAGAGCCCCAGUGCGAAGAUUGGCUGCUGGUGCUUUAGUCGUACGAGUACCUACAUCAGCAGUUCGCCAGUCACCCAGCUUUGUGCCUCUGCCCUCUAGAAACCCCCGAACGUCGCCCGCAAUGGCCUCCUCCUUCUCGACCUCCGCCGCGAAAGGUUCCUCUGCUCCUUCGGCGGCACCCACACAGGAAUACGAUAAAGAAGUCACGGACAUUGCUUCCUAUGUCCACCACUACAAGAUUGACUCAGACGUUGCUCUCGAUACCUCCCGCUACAUCCUCCUCGAUACCAUCGGCUGUGGCUUGGAGGCCCUGAGAUUUCCACAAUGUACGGCUAUCCUCGGUCCGGUGGUCGAAGGCUCCACAGUGCCCAAUGGAACUCGAGUGCCGGGCACACCAUUCCAGCUGGAUCCCGUGAACGGUGCUUUCAAUAUUGGUGCGAUGAUCCGAUGGCUGGACUACAAUGACUGCUGGUUGGCGGCGGAAUGGGGCCAUCCCUCGGACAACUUGGGUGCAAUUCUCGCUGUUGCAGACUGGAUUGCUCAAACCAACAGAGCUGGUGGUAAUGUGGGCAAUGGCAAGAUCCCAACUAUCAGAGAUGUGUUGGAGGCCAUGAUCAAGGCCCAUGAGAUCCAGGGUUGCUUGGCUCUGGAGAACUCCUUCAAUAGGGUCGGAUUGGACCACGUCGUACUGGUCAAGGUCGCAUCCGCCGCCGUGGUUAGCAAGCUGCUAGGGCUUAGCGAGGCUGAAACCGCAGCCGUUGUUUCUCAAGCCUUUGUUGAUGGUCAGAGCUUGCGUACCUACCGACACUCGCCGAACACGAUGUCCCGCAAGUCGUGGGCUGCCGGCGAUGCUUGUCAAAGAGCUGUCAACCUUGCCUUCAAGGUCAAGCAAGGCCAGGCGGGAAUUCCAACCGUCCUCUCCGCUCCCGUCUGGGGUUUCUACGACGUACUCUUCAAAGGAAAGAAAUUCGAAUUCCAGCGUCCUUACGGAUCCUAUGUCAUGGAGAAUGUUUUGUUCAAGGUGUCCUACCCUGCCGAGUUCCACUCCCAGACUGCCGUCGAAGCGGCCCAAAAGAUCUACAAGAUCCUCGCCGACAGGGGCAAGUCGGCCAAAGACAUUAAGGAAAUAACUAACCGCACCCACGAAGCAUGCAUCCGAAUCAUCGACAAGCAAUUCAAGCCUAUGGACAACUUCGCCGACAGGGAUCAUUGCGUUCAAUACAUGGUCGCUACAAUGCUGUGCUUCAAUCGUCUGGAAGCCACUGAUUACGUUGAUGGUAGCGAGGCGGCGACUUCUCCCCUGGUCGAGGAUCUGCGCAAGAGGAUCAAGUGUGUUGAGGACCCUCAGUUCACCAAGGACUACCAUGACCCUGCCUUGAGAACAAUCUCCAACGCUUUGACCGUCACUUUGAACGACGGAACUGUUCUCGACGAGGUGGUUGUAGAGGCGCCCCUUGGCCAUCGUCUCCGACGCGACGAAGCUAAGCCAGAAAUCCUUGCGAAAUACAAGAGACACUUGAGCCAUCACUUUCCGGAGUCGAAGAUUAUCGACCUUCUGCAACUGGGCACCGACGCCUCCAAGCUCGACUCGAUGGAUGUGGACAAGUACAUGGACCUCUAUGUCAAGGAGAAGAUGGAGUGGUAA